UCUUGUUCCUUUUCAGCGAAUCUCCCGCUCAAGAUUUGCUGGCUUCCUUAGCAACCGCCUUUCGAUACGAACUGUGAAGGAUCUUAGCAACCGCUCUUCGAUGCGAACUGUGAAGAACAUAGCAACCGCUCUUCGAUACGAACUGUGAAGGAUCUUAGCAACCGCUCUUCCAUACGAACUGUGAAGGAAUAGAAGCGUCCCUGGCUCCGAGACAACAGCAACAUGGAGCCUCAGGAGCCAACUUCUCCCGCAGACGAGGCAGAUGUAAACAGAUUUCAGAGGACCGAGUCAUGGUUCCAUCUCCCAGCAGAAGAGGACAGGAGUCAGUUCCUGGGUCUGGAAUUUCAGGACAGUCGUCUGUCACCUGCCCUUGCUCUGCUACCAGAGUAUGACUUCUCGGGAUACUCUCUCUUCCAACAAACAACAGACUUAGAGUUUGCCCCUUUAAGGGGGUCUCCAGACGUGUCUGUAGCCUCUGAGAGGUUUCUGAUACCACAGGCCAAGAAGGGCAGUAGCGGCGUUGUCCAGCCGUCUGACCCUCAGCAUUCCUCUCUGUCCCAGCAUCCUCUAGCCUACAACUCCACCCUGUCUGAGCACCCUCUGGGUCACACCUCCACCCUGUCUCGGUCAGAGGAGAGGGCCAGUAGCUGCUGCUCCCUCUCCGAACACAGCAUGUCCCCUGGUGACGGGUUGGGACAACCAGGGGACGACCGCUACCCAGCCACCGUCAGGGAUAACGAGGGGCAGAAGACUCAUCGUUCUGGGACACGUACCAGUCUCCUUGACCCAGACAGACCUCUGGCCGUGUUCCCUGACGACAACGCUUCGUUCCUCAGCGGGGACAUCCCUGUCAGAAAGCUGCUGGAUCUGCUCCAGAAGGACGUUGGCAUGCCCAGCGGUAGCAGCAGUGCCGUCUCCUCUGCCUCUGAGACCUCUCGCAACAGGACUAACUUCUUUGGGGGAGAAUCCAGGAGUGACCGCUGUGUUUCCAAACCAGAUGGCUUGAGAGAAGAGAGGGAUGUGAGCCAAAGAGCGCUGCCUGACGUCUCACCUGAGCUGCUGCCUGACGUCUCACCUGAGCUGCUGCCUGACGUCUCACCUGAGCUGCUGCCUUACGUCUCACCUGAGCUGCUGCCUUACGUCUCACCUGAGCUGCUGCCUGACGUGUCAUCGCCAGUCACAGGGAGAAGAGAAGGCCCUCAAGGAGGAGCCUCCGUCUCACCUGAGAAGACGGAGAAACUCAAAAGUAAACCGUCUUCACGGAUGUCUGAAAUUUCCAACAUCACCAUCCGUUCCCUGAGCAGCCAGCCGGACGAAAGCAGUAAUGCGUCCCGCAGGCAGCUCUGCUCGGAGCUAGAGAGGAGUCUGGACUCUGAGCCUGGAGCAGAGACCCGGGGAGGUACCAGCCGUGGGCCCAUACCCUCCUUACACAGUGAAGUCAACACACCUGACAUUGUCACCAAUACACCUAACGUUUCAACCACUGGAUCCGCCAAAGGGAGGUUGAGCGUGACCAGAGGGCUACGGGCCAGUGUGUUAGGGCCAGGGGCUGGGGUCGGGCCCCAGUUUUCAGCAGGGUUCAGUGUGGAGCGAGGCCAUAGGGAGAGAGACCUCUGGUCCUCAGGGAACCAGACAGGCACAGAACCAGACGUGUCGUUCCUGAGCCUUCUCCCCCAGCCCGUGUCCCAGUCCACCCCAGGUGUGUUCCUCCACGCUCCAGUCAGAUCCAGCACUAAGCUGUCUGCCCUCACCUGUAACAUGGAGGUCUCUCAGCGCUCCUCAGGCUCCAGAGUCUCCUCCCAGCCUGCUGUAGACACGCUGCCUGAUAGAGCCACCCCUGUCCGGGACCCCCCUCUGCCUGCCAGAGAGACAGUACAGGAGCACUCAGGAAGAAGCCACCAUUCUCUCCCCAGUCUUAACUACCUACAGAAGGUUGAUGCCUGGAAGGCCAACCAAAGUUCAAACAAGAUGUCGUUCUAUGACAACUUGUCUCUUCAGGGCUUCUCCGGGGUCUCUCCCAAGCAGAAGGCCUACGAUGCAGUCUCUGACUCUCUGACCCGUAUGUUGACUCUUCCACAGCUGGGCAACCAGACCCUCAGCAUGUGUGAAUCUGGACCCUCCCCCCCUAGCAGAGGGGAGGCAGCAGGUAGUGGUCUUCCUGAGAGAGAGGACACAGCAGGGCCUGUAGGAGGGCCAUCCCCCCUGGGCAGGUCUCAGUCCCACUCCUCCCUCAACACAGUGGUCACGUCUAUCCAGAGAGGUCAGCAUGCACAGACAUACACUGACCAGGACAGCAGCCAGACACAGCCAGAGGAGGAGAGUGCUACAGGGCAGCGCAGGGAGUUGGAGAGGAGCCGGGGAGGGUCAGGGUCAGACAGGGUUCAGUCAGGAGGUGGACCUGAACAGCCCAGUGGUGCUCCAACCGAGCCCUCUCCCUUCAUCAGCCUGGGACGCUUCAAUAACGUGUCAUCAAAGCGAGACGUCCUCUCCAGCUCCCAGGACAGUGGCCACAGCGGGCAGAACUUUGAGGUGCCCGUCAGGGCUGCUUCUUCUUCUGUGGUCAGUCUGGAGGUGGAUAACUAUGCCCCGUACUGGUCCUCCAAACCAUCCUCACCACACAGGGAGAGGGAGCUGAACAUUGAAGAAAGGAUUCCGAUGUACCUUCACAACCUUGGGAUCGACCAAUCUCCUUCUACGAUCCUCAAUCCCUUUGGACCUCGAGGGCCAAUCAGAGAGCCAGAGUUCUCUCCCACUGAUCUGUGCACCAUAAAGGGAUCCACAGCCACUGGCACGCCAACCAAGAGCACACAGCCUUCUGAAGGCGACAGCCCUCAUAAAGGAGAGUUCUCCAGGUCCAGCCUGCUGUCUGUGGCUUCAAGCAUGUCUCUACCUCUCAGUGUGGACAGCCUCCAUCUCCAUCCCAUAAGGAGCCAGGCAGAGAACACUAGGAGCUGCCUGUCCCCCUCUCCGGGACCAGACAGAGACAGGUUUCCCAGCCAGGGCAGUCUGAGGAUGGCCCUCUGCCCCCUGGAUAUCUCAGUGGAGAACACAGUGCUCCAGGACUCCCAGCAGGAUCCUCACUGCCUCCAGCCAUCCUCCCCUGCACCACAGUCCACCCAGCCCCUUGACCUCCACAGCUACCAGCUCCCUGCACCAGAGUCCAAAAAUAAAAAGUACCCUGGCUUGCUUCCGGACCUACAGUCCACUGAACAACAUCAGAGAGACAGCAGAGUGAAUGUCUCUACCCAGGCUGCUAUAGAGCUGGCAGGGAGGCUUGAGUCCAGUGCUGACAGCUUAUCUCAGUACAGAGACAGGGUCAAAAACAGCUUAUCUCAUUACAAAGAUGGAGACCGAGACAGUUUAUACAGGAACAGAGACGUCUUGUCUCAGUACAGAGACAGUGCAGUAGCGUCCUGUCCCCAGGUUAACACCACCAUGGAUCGUAGUAAUCCUGAUGAUUCCUUCGUAGGCUCCCAGACUCUGCAGGACAUUAGGCUUCUGCUGGGCCGGGCUGAAAACAUUGUGUCUGGUGGGUCCUCCACCUCUGGCGCCUCCUCCCACCUCCUCCACUCUGACGACGACAUCCUGCUCCUCUCUCUCAGGAGGAAGAUGGAGGUAUUCCAGGACUCCUCCUUCACCUCCUCCUCUGGUGGGGCCGGGGUGGGGGACCCAAGGAGUCACUCCUCCUUGCUUUGGGCCCGCUCCUCCUCUGACUCCAUGCUGCCGGCAGUUAGGAAGACGGAUAAGGAGAGGGAGAGCUCUGCCUACAACGGGGAAGGUCAUGUCAGGCUAACCAGAGAAGCAGAGCAUCAGUCCACACCUGCCAGAGAGGAGUCUGGGCGACUACUACAGGACAGAGAGCAUUAUGGAAGACCACAGGACAGUUCUGAAGAUAGAGAGCAUCAUGGAAGACCAAGGGACAGUUCUGAAGACAGAGAGCAUCAUGGGAGAUCACAUGACAGUUCUGAAGACCGAGAGCAUCAUGGAAGACCAAGGGACAGUUCUGAAGACAGAGAGCAUCAUGGGAGAUCAAAUGACAGUUCUGAAGACCGAGAGCAUUAUGGGAGACCACCACAGGACAGUUCUGAGCACAGAGAGCAUUAUGGGAGACCACCACAGGACAUCUCUGGCAGUAGCUCCACCUUCCUCCUGACCGAAUCCGUGCGGAGGGCGGAGCCUGAGGGCUGCAGUGCUGGCCUCUCGGACACGCGGAUUGGCCCUGUGCUGUUGUCAGUUAUGCCGGUCAGCCAACCUGGUCCCUCAUUGGGUGAUGCUGGCAUUGGCAAGCUGCAGCAGGCUCCAACAACACCAGUGGGAGGAGGACACACAGAAGUGCAGAUGGCUCCAGAAGAGGGAAGCUCUUCGUCCUCUUCGUCCUCCUGUCCCAUGGGCUCUGAGCAGGGGUGUGGAGGUCUGUCUGAGCCGGCCCACGGUGGGGAUCAGGGUGGAGAUGCUCUGAGUGAUGGUGGCAGCAGCAGCAGUUCUCUAGCAGCCAGGGUAGCCAGGCUGCUCCAGAAUGAGUCCCCAGCCACGGUGGCGUCCCUAUCCAGCCGAGCCAGUACCGCCACAGCAGACCUGGAGGAAAGCAGAGCCAGAGAGUGGCUGAGGCUGAAGGUGUCGGGGCAGCAGUGUGAAACUCUGGAGCUCAACACGGAGGAUAGACAACGCAUAGAAGAGAUCAAGAGAGAGAUACUCUUUAAACACCCACUACAGAACCCGAGGAGCACGGACACGGACAGCAGUACUGCGUCCAGCCUUGUAGGUCCAGGGGGCCAGCCUCCCUCCCUACCCCAGCCUGAGGAGCAGUUGGUUGGGGAGAAGAAGCAGUUCAGGGCCCUGAAGGCAGCAGAGGACUGUCUGUCCCACCAGCUACAGCAGCUGAGCAGGAACCCGUUUGACGACAGCGUUGAGCUGCGUACCCCUCUAAGGCAGGACCUAGAGGGCCGGGUCAGACAGAUCGCCCUCCGAGAGGGGUUAUACGUCCUCCCUAGAACGCACCCUCCACCCCUCACCUCCAUCACCAUUGCCACCUCCCGCCGCUCCCCCCUCCCCGAGCCUCUACUGGUGUCCCAGUUCACCUUAGAAGGGGUCUCCCAACCCACAGUGCAGGGGUGGGAGAGCACCACCACCUCGACACACUGCUCCAUGUCCAGAGACACAACCACCAUGACUGGAUCACAGGCCAACAGCAGCAGUCUGUACCCCAGAGACAGAAAGACACGCCUGGGCCAGGAGCCGAGACAGGAGCCGGGCCAGGAGCCGGGCCAGGAGCCGGGCCAGGAGCCGGGCCAGGAGCCGAGACAGGAGCCGAGACAGGAGCCGAGACAGGAGCCGAGACAGGAGCCGAGACAGGAGCCGGGCCAGGAGCCGAGACAGGAGCAGCUGCCUGGUAGAGACCAAGAGAACCCCUUUACUGGUCUUCCCCACUCUGCAGCUCCUCUCCCUCUGACCCCGGGCAUGUACGGGCAGAUUUCCCCGUCUCACCCCGACGAAGGACGUCCUGGGUCCAUCAUGGGUUCUGGAGCAGACUGGGUCUCUGGAGCUUGGACCACCAGGACGGGUCAGGUCUCCCACCUCCACGUCACCCUCUCCCCUGGUCCUAAAGGAGCUGAAGAGAGGUCCCAGAGACUUCUGUCCUUUGCUCCUGUCAGACACUCCUCUGCCGUCUCCAGCAGUGUGGACGAAGACGAGAGCCUAGGUUACGCCCCCGUGCCUGCUCCGGCCAAUAAGACGGGGUCGCAGGAGAACAGAGAUCCAAUUUGCAGACAGGGGCAGGAGACGGCCGACGCCUCAGUCCAGAUCACCACGGCAACGGCAACCUCCACCUUCCCACAAUGCUUCACACCUCCCCAGAGGCUGACUGGUACCGGUCCGUCUAGGCAGGCGGCGCUGACGGUUCUGUUGCCGUAUAAACCACACGGUAGUGAGGAGAUGUUCUAUGUACCCCAGACGCAUCCUGAGCCACAGCUUUCCCCCAUACGAUCUGACUCCACCAUGGAGAGUUCCCACCCAGGCUCGGACGACGCGGUGCCCCCUCGCUUCAACAUAGAGAUCCUGGGGUCACGAGAUCAGCAGGUGGACCAGGUGGUGGACAGAGGGGUAAACAUCAAACACACAGAGGGUAUCUACAGCAAGAGACAAACACUGGGAGAAAACUACAGUAUGGAGAGGCCAGGUACCUCCGUGCCAGACGAUGAAGGCCAACCAUUGGUUGACCAGCGUACUCCACAGUCAAAAUGCUUCUCUCAUGUCACAGGAGGGUUAACCAGAGUACCUGCUAUACCAAUCACCACCACUAGAGGACCUGCUAUACCAACCACUACCACUAGAGGACCUGCUAUACCAACCACCACCACUAGAGUACCUGCUAUACCAACCACCACCACUAGAGUACCUGCUAUACCAAUCACCACCACUAGAGGACCUGCUGUACCAACCACUACCACUAGAGGACCUGCUAUACCAACCACCACCACUAGAGGUCCUGCUAUACCAACCACCACCACUAGAGGUCCUGCUAUACCAACCACUACCACUAGAGGUCCUAGGACCUGCUAUACCAACCACCACCACUAG